CCUUGGGGAUCGCAUCGGUGAACCCCAGAUUGCGUGGGACUAGAUCGAGCAGACUGCCCGAGUGUUGGAAGAUCUAUGUACCCAUGGACAAUUAUCCCAGACUGGCUUCUCAAUUGCUUCGAAAGGAAGCCUACGAGUGGUGGAAGAGGACGGAUGAGAGCGCGGGAACCCCUAAGCCGUGGACAUGGGCACAUUUCGAAUGGGCAUUCAAGCAAGAAUAUAUUCCGAAACGAUUCAGCGAGGAAAGACGUAAAGAAUUUUUCGAUCUGGAACAGGGAGACAUGACACUCCCUGAAUAUCGUCAGAAGUUUACCAAACUCGCAAAGUUUGCACCAACCUUAGUAAAUACCCCAACCGAUCGCAUUGAGGAGUUCAGGAAGAAACUUCGACCUGACCUCAGGUCACGUGUAUCCGUUCUAACCACUGUGGAUUUCGCGGAGGCCUACGAUCUCAUUGCCAGGGCAAACAGCGACUUGAGUGCUUGCAUUGAGUAUCUGAAGACAAACAAUGUCAGCUCAAGCACUCACCGUCCCACCGGCUCUGCCUCAAAAGGGAAAAGGCCCUUUCAAGAACCUAGGAAUUCACAUUUCUCUAAAAAGGGAAAAUCUGUACAAACCCAGUCGAUGGCAUCCGUUGAUAAGUCCAAAAAGCGGAGGUAUCCAGCUUGCGAGCACUGUGGAAGGAAUCACCCUGGAGAAUGCUGGCUUAAGCAAGGGUUGUGUCUCAGCUGUGGAAAACCAGGACACUUUCGAAAGGAGUGCCCUACAAACCCCGGAGAACCGUAUCCACCUGCCCCUGUUCUUAGUCAAGCAGCAUCGGCACGACCCGCACCAAGUCAACGCUCAACAGCGGGGUCUAAUCCAGCCAAGAAUCAGAACCAACAACACGGACGAGCUCCUGCUCGUACAUAUGCAAUGAAAGCACGAACUGAGGAGAACCCUGACGUCAUCCAGGCCAUUCCAGCUACAAUGUCGCAAGGCGUGGCGCGUCUCUUGAGCGUGCUAAAGAGGUUUGCAGACUUUCAGUUCACCCUCCUCAGGAAACGCUAUGGUCCCCAAAUCACGGAGAUCUUCGAGUUCCCUAUAAAUGUGGUAUUGACCCCUUUCACGCUUCCCUUCGAAAUUGCUGGCUCCGCCCAACGCGGCUUUGGCGUCCCCGAAUUCAUUUCUAAGCUAUCUUAUUCAGCAAUUUUUGCAGUAGCUACGCUGGGAACUUGUGAUGUUGCAUUGGAGCUGGGAAAGAAGUUUGUUUGUACAAGUGACUGUAGGAUCUGCAAUGGCUGGAAGGCUUUGCAGUGCACAAUGUGCAAGGGUUCAGGGAUGGUGCAAUACCAGGUCAAAGAUUACCACCUGCAAAGUGCCGAGAAACCAACAGUGGAAUGUAUUGCAAAUGCCAUAGCUGAGAACCGAGCAGAGUUAGUGCACUUUCCGUCAGCAGUGGAUCUUCCUGUGCCACUUCCAUUUAAAGAUUGUCCAACCUGUAGUGGAUCCGGCUCUAUGAUCUGCCCAGAAUGCAAAGACAAGCCAGCAGUCAAGCUAUCUACUGAUAAUAUAGUGGAGCCGCCAUGGAUACCUUUUAACAUAAUGAAAAAGAUAGACUACCCUUAUGAGCAUAUAGUUGACAGUAUGAAAGAUCCCAGUAUUGCAGCAUUUUGGUUGAUUACCCUGCCUCAGGUUGUUGGAGGUUUUGAAUAUGAUGAUGAUAUCAAGAGGAAGAUUUGGUGGCAGUACAAGGAAUCUAUGCGAUAUGAUCAACUGAGGGAUGAGGUUGCCAAGCGGAAGCCAGGGUGGGAGUACUUGCAAGAUGCCUUGAUGUCAAUCGAUCCUGUCCGUGCUAGGGAUGAUCCUGUUGUUGUAAAAAAUAUCCCUUAUUACAGAGCUAAGAAGGUGCUAGAAGCUGAAGUAAUGAAGCUUGACCCUCCGCCACGUCCCCGAGAUUGGGGAGAGUUGAACCUUCCACUCAGUUCAUCUUCUUGGAGUGAAGAAGAUCUCAAAGAUCCAACAAGAUUCUAUGAAAUGACGGUUCUUCUUAAUGCCCAGAGAGAAAUUGCAGAGCAGAUGCUGGAUGCUCAGUGGGAAGCUAAGUGGCGGGAAGAAAAGCUGAACAAAUUGCUGGAAGAGAAGGUGCGGCCAUACCUUCAGAAUGUUGACAAUAGUGUGCUUUCUCGGCCGAUUUUAGUAAAGAAUGAUGCCCAAAAGAAACCCCACAGGCAAAGACGGUGGUGGAUCUUUUGAUGAGAUCUAUUUAAUCAUAGCCUCUGCAUUCUGUAAUGCAUGUGUACCAGCCUAUCUUUCAUCUUGCUCCCUGGAAUAUUUAUUUAUUUAUUUAUUAAAAAAGACACUUGGUUUUAAUGUUGUACCAAAUUCUGAUUAUGCAAUGAACUUCAAAAAGUGAGCAAUUUCAUUAAUGUUAACAGAAAGAUUACACUAAAGAAGUUGCAUGGUA